GGUACCGUGUGGCCGAUGACAAGCACGACUCGGUCUCCUGUGAGAGGAUGGCUAAGCCGAACGAACCGGGACAAGGACAUUUCAGACCCACUCAGUAAAGAAGUGUCCACUGAGAUACAGUUGAGUGACGGCCUGAGGAAAUUAAGGAUUUCAUGGCAUUGCUUUGACAAGCACUUCCUGUUUUUAUACAGAUCUCAAUGAAGAAUAAUCUCAAAGGAACAUUUGUCACCCUAUACCUCUGCUAAUGGCCAUUAGCUGCUAGCAAAUGCUUUUAAUGACUGAAAAAAACAUCAACUAUCCUUGUGCUUGGCCUGUUGAAGGCAGUCGAAUGAAUGUUUCUUUCAGUUGUUUCCAGAACUCUAUUGCUGAAGCACAUCUCCUUUUGUUGGGUGAAUGAAUGUUCAAUGAAGCCCUUUCCUGAACCAGCUUAGGAGCUUUAGGCCUCUUAGAGCCUGUGACAUGGAAGCUUUGGAAGUGGAUGAUAUCAGCCCGGCCUUGGAAGUUACUGAGGAUUUCUUUAGUACUUUUGACAGUAAGCUAGAGAAGGCUGUGCAGCAAGCUGAGGUUUAUGGGAUUCAGGAAGUCCCCGAAUUGGUGGGGCAUGAAGUUCUCACUAACAUAACAGAUAAUGGUGCUAUCAGAAAUGUUGCCUCCCUGGGCAAGGGGGGCCUGAUUUGGGACCACUGUAAGAGCAGGCUCUUGGAAACCAAAGCUCAAAAUGUCUUCCCUGCCAAAGAACAGUUUAUGGUCCAGAAAGGGACAGCUCCAGAUAAUCUUUCGUGGAUGGAACAAAAGGAAGCAUCGACCUUUAACUUUUUCAACAUCUGUCAGCGUCGGAGGGACAGGCCUCGCUCCGUGAAUGACUUACUGGAUGAGACCUCUACUUUUAAGCCGGGGCAUACUCGGUCAAGGUCAGAUAUUACCCAGGUGGACUGGAGGCUAGUCCUCCAAACCAUGCCUCUGCAGCAGCAGCCAUGUCUUCGGGGCCCUCAUUUCACCAGACCAGCUUUUCUGUCAUCCUCACCAAAUAAGGUCGAAGAUGCUCAAGGAAAUACUGAACACAAGCAGGCAUUCCCAAACAUUCUGAAGAAGGGAUACCUGGAGAUUAGGAAGGACCAUGACAGUUACUGGCAAAGCUGUUACGCAGAACUUUCACCCUACAACUUAUACUUCUACAGCCUUGACAGCAGUGGCAAUCAAGCCCUCUAUGCCACCUACCAGCUUUCACACUUCCAGAGCAUAUCUGUUUUGGGCAAUCUGGAGGCCAGGCUGGUGGAUACCGUUCUGUAUGACAACACCCAGCUGCAGUUAAAGGCAGAGUCACCAUGGGAGGCUUUGGACUGGGGGCAGAAGCUUUGGGAAGUUGUGCACGCCGCUGUGCCUGGUUACGUGGGACGGCAGGACGAGUUGGCAAACUCACCAGGGCUUGGUCAUCACGUUGACUGUACACAGAAUCAUUGUUUACAGAAGAAAUCCAGUGAGCUGUUUGCGCCAUCACCUGUCUUGGAUAGCCCCAAACAAUACCAAAACAUCAUCAAAUCAGGGACGCUGUACAGGCUAACUGUCCAAAACAACUGGAAGGCAUUUACUUUUGUGCUGAGCAGGGCCUACCUUAUGGCUUUUCAACCUGGCAAGCUAGACGAGGAUCCCCUGCUAAGCUACAAUGUGGACGUGUGUCUGGCUGUCCAGAUGGACAACCUGGACGACUGUGACUCUUGCUUUCAAGUCAUUUUCCCCCAAGAUGUCCUCCGCCUUCGUGCUGAGACCCGGCAGAGGGCCGAGGAGUGGAUGGAGGCUCUGAGAACAGCAGCCAAUGCAGCGAGAAGUUCAGAGCAAAACCUGCAGGUCACCCUGAGGAGCAAACCCAAGGAUCAGAUGGGUGGGCAUGAACUCAGGAAGAACAAACGUCAGUCUGUGACGACCAGCUUCCUCAGCAUUCUGACAACUUUGUCUUUGGAACGAGGACUCACUGCUCAGAGUUUCAAAUGUGCAGGAUGUCAGCGAUCCAUAGGCCUUUCCAAUGGGAAAGCCAAGGUGUGCAAUUACAGUGGGUGGUAUUACUGCAGCAACUGCCAUGUGGACGACAGUUUUCUCAUCCCAGCACGCAUAGUUCACAACUGGGAUACUUCAAAAUAUAAGGUAUCUAAGCAGGCCAAAGAGUUCCUGGAGUACGUGUAUGAAGAGCCCCUGAUCGACAUCCAACGGGAGAACCCCAUGCUGUACCUGCACGCUGAGCCGCUGGCCACUGUGGUGCGGCUGCGGCAGCGGCUGAAGUCCCUGCGAGCCUACCUGUUCAGCUGCCGGGCCGCUGUGGCCGAGGAUCUGCGCCGCAGAAUUUUCCCCAGAGAAUACCUCCUUCAACAGAUCCACCUGUAUUCCCUCGCUGAUCUGCAGCAGGUAAUAGAGGGGAAGCUGGCUCCAUUCUUGGGCAAGGUCAUUAAAUUUGCCACCUCACACGUAUACAGCUGCAGUCUCUGUAGCCAGAAGGGGUUCAUCUGUGAAAUCUGUAACAAUGGAGAGAUCCUCUACCCUUUUGAAGAUAUUUCAACAAGCAGGUGUGAAAGCUGUGGAGCCGUUUUCCACGCCGAAUGCAAAGAGAAGUCCGUCCCCUGCCCGAGAUGUGUCCGCCGAGAGCUGCAGAAGAAGCAGAAAUCUUUCUGGCGGAGGCUGAACGUGGACGAGAGCCUGGAGGAGGCUUGCAACAUGUUCGAGCUGUCCUACCAGAACACCUGACUCAGCAGGAGCCCGAGGCCAGGGCCUGACCUCUCGCUGAUCCAGCAGCCCGGUGGCUUCCUUGCUAGACAGUUAGAUCCCUCUGGAAGAAGAGUAUGUCUCCUGUUCAGCUAGAUAGAGAUAUAUAUUUACACACAUUCCCACAUACCUGUUCGUCCCGUAUGUAUGUUCUGUGUAAAUCGCUGUCCGUGGAGCCUCUGUGGCUCAAAAAAAAAAAAAAAAACCAACUACCAUUAGCUGAAUCACACUUAACCCUGAAUUUCAGCAGCUUGCUCCCAAGCAAAAUGUGGUUUACACACAAGGCUUUAUAGGUCAGACUUUUUUUUUUUUUUUUUUUUUUUGCUCUCAGGGGCUGUUUUGUUACACAGGACACAGGAGGAAGCUUACCUACGGGACCACAGAACUUCGGGUUAUUUUUGUGUUAUUUAUUUUUAGCCGUUGCAGAGAACUAAGUCACUGAGGCAAGCACUCAUCAUCGUUUGUUUCAUGUGAAAAUCUUCGGAACACAGGAGUGAUGCCUGGAUGGCCCAAGGGGCCCCGCGUCCCUGACAGCAGCACCUCGGUUUCUACCACACAGGUGGGGAUCCCCUCAACCGAGCGGCUCAGAAGUGAGGCGACUGAGCUCCCUCUGCAGAGCAUGCACCCCUGAUUUAUGAGGAGAGCUCCUUCUGGCUCUGAGGUGAUCUCAGGUUUUUUCCUGAGGGGAAAAAAAAGGGACCUCUGCGACCAAUACCUGCAUGUUGUCGGUCUGUUUGCUGGUACGAGUCCCAGCGCUACCCAAUGACACGGCGCCCCUCCAUAUUUGGUUGAAAACAUAGCUUUCGAAGAGUUUUCCUGGGGUCUCAUGGGUAAUAGUUAUGACUUUGUAAUAGUGCUGGCCUGAGGAAAUUUCCUGCGAUUGUGGUUAAAUACAUCGGUUUGUAGACCUAUGGGUAUAGUGCGUACCUUCUAUGAGAUGGUCUUCGGUGUCUUUUCACAGAAUCUUGUGUAGGCAUUUCCUACUUAUUUAUUUUAAAUACUUUAUUUCUCAUUGUUCUUCACUGCACUUUCAUUUGGACCCUUAAUUUGUCAACUUUGCCACUUCUACGCUUUUUAAAUUGUUUACAAAAUCAAAGUAACAUGGCACGUCAGAACACGUUAGACUAUUAAUACCAAACUUAUAAGUAAUGAGUUCGGUGUAAUAAUAUUGUUUAAAUAAAUACACACACACACAUAAUUGCCACCUUAAAGUGAAACAGGAAGUGCUAAAAUCGUAUCAUAGGAAUAAGAAAUAUAAUGAACUGCUUCGCCGCUUGGCCAAGUAGGGGGCCCCCACUGCAGUGCCCUCGUAGGAGCCAGCGUAGCAGUGGUUGUGACCAAAGUGUCAGGGGGACGGCGCUGGAAAUCGUGGCUUGGGUCCUCCCACCAUAACUCCACAGCACAAGGAUACACUGAUACUGAAACAAUUCUUAGCAGACUGUAUGAGACGACUCUGUUUCCACUGAGCUGAUGCCAACACCUUCCUGGUUUGGUAGUUUCGCUGCUGUUAGGAUCUGGAGAGUCAGUGGCUCACACUGUACAUGAUACAUUUAACCCCACGGCCAUGUUCCCUGACACCUCUUCCCCCCAGAUCCUAACUCUUGAUACCUCUGUCCAUUUAGAGGCGAGACAUUUCAGACAGACUUUCGUGCAGCCUGCCGGAAGUCUGCACAACCUGUUGCCAGUUCCGUGGGCCCCAGACCACUCGCUUCAACUUCACAGCGCGACAUUGUGCGUGCAUUUCUUUUCUGAUUCUACAGCAGCCAUAACCAAGGGCGUAUAAACUUCCCCAGAGGCCAAAACCCCAUUCACAAGGACACCUUACGGUGCCUUUUAUUCUUGGAAAACCAGGUUGACUCCUCCCCCGCCCCCUCCAGUUACAGAGAAUGCUGCACACGAAAGAUAAAGGGUGGAAAAAAUCUCAAACAAGCACUUGGCAAACAGGCAAACAAAUUUGAUCCUCUCCUCCUUUUUCCUCCCCUUCGUGAAAUACAGUAUUUAUAUUUUCCAGCCUCAGAGAAGAUAGCAGAACAUGAUCUUUCACAAGAGAAUUAUAGACCUGCUUAUUAUAAAACAGAUGUGCUCCGAUGGCAAAGUGCCUUUCUCCUCCGCCCCCGGCUCCCUGUCACCGUAGCUUACUUCUGCCUUCGCCGAAAUUAAUGUAUCCAAGGUCCCGACUGUCAGCGAGGGUCCCCAGCGCAGCGCGUUUGCAGUCGUGAAGCGCAGGCCCCCCUCCUCCCGGCCAGCACGUUUGCUCUCCCUCUGGACAGAUUUCCUGUCCCACCCUGCAGGCACCUAGCGGCAGGCCUGCCAAGGAGGUGAGAUUCCAGAUCCCUGUUCUAAAGGCCUUUGUUUUCACGGGGGCACCCGCCUAGAGGGCCCUGCUAAACACUGGCCUCCCCUGGCAGCUCCUCCUUGGGAGGAGUUAGAACCUUCUACCCACAUCACUUUCUGCUUAUUUUCAAAAGGGCACCAAAAAAAAAAAAAAGAGAGAGAGAGAGGGAGGUACGCUUGCCCUUGGCUACCCAGAAGCAGGACUGCAUCCCAGCCGCUUCUGUUUUCUCUUCUUCUUGUCCGCCCCUGACAGCCUGGCCGGUGCCGCCUGCCGGCCUACACGGCUCUCAGCCACCACCACCAAAAUCUGAUAGGACAGAGUGGAGCCAGCUCAGGAAUUGGGUCUGUCAUGAAAAAUUCCAAAUUGCUGUUUUCCAGCCCAGAACGCCUUGGAGCACAUGAACGCCCUUACUGUUUUCAACCCAAACAAAUGACUCGGUGCACUGUUAGGUAAUUGUUCUACUGCUUAGAAACUAUCGAAACAAAAGCAAAUCCGUGGAUUACCACCUCCUUAAGACCAAACUAAUACCUGCUUUCCUUCACGUUCCCUUUCUCAUCCCAUAUUAAAUAUCUCGCACAUAAAACACACAAGAAAAUGGCCAAUUAAUCUCCUAGAGCCGGCGGCCGACUGGAGGAACCUCUGUUCGCUUGAAAGGCCCAUUCCCUGGUGGAUCACUUGAGGAAAUCCCUCCUAACGGUGCCAGAAACUCAUGUGUGAGACAGUCCAACCCUGGUAAAAUCCUGGCAUCUAACCCUGCCGUGGAGAAGCCAGUUCCCGAAAUAGACCGCAGUUGCACCACUGCAGGAAGGCCACAAAGUACUUUAAAAGCAGUCAACUGGAAUCGAGUCAUGUUCUUUCCAGGGCUGAUUUUCCCCAAAGUUGAAAGCCUCUUUAUAUGAAAACCAUGCAAACUCUCGUCAUCCCCCUUGCCUCACUGCCUUUCAGGGUACCGUAUUAAGAGUUCUUUUCCAUCUGUAAAAGGUCAUAUUGUUAGGAGCUAUAAUACUUGAUUCGCUGACAGGGCAGUCGCCUUCGGAUCCGACUAGACCAGGCCUCCCCCAAACAGGGAACAUCAUCAGCGUUGGGGAUUUGUGGUUUCCAACUAACUCAGUGGUAUUUCGGACUCCUGCAGAGGGGAAUGGCUGUGACUCCUUUCCGGCUGCGGCUCGAACCGUGGUGUUCAGGUCAUGCCGCAGCCAUAGGCAGCCUCUGGCACCGAGAGGGAGUCCAUUCCGACGAGGUCUGCGUGCGUACACACUGAACACUGACACCGGACAGCCCCUUCUUGUGCCUCCUUGAAAAGGUUCGGCUUCCAGACCUGUGGGUGGUUCUCUACCUGUUGGCCAAACAGGGCCGUGUGUGAGUUACUGCAUCAGGUAGGCCUGGAUGCCACACGAAAGCUUCCUGCAGGGAGAGCCAUUAUCUGAGGAAGCCAGGGUACAUUCUGUUCCUAAUUUCGGGUGAAGCCAAUGCUGCUGUUCGCAAAUUUGAGCAGAAUCAUUCAUCACCACCGCUCUGCCGCACUUCGCCGCAGUAUCUGGAUAAGGAAGUAAACCUUCAGCUCUUGAUUCUAAUACUGCCGAGAGUCGGCACAGGGGUUAUUUUAUUUAUUUAUUUACUUAUUUAUUUUUACUUCUCCCAGUAAAGAGUGAUGCAUACAGUUUCCCCCCUUAUUUCUUGAAUUUUCUGUCUCAGCUCUUUUCUGAUUCUAAGAUAAUGUUAGAAAGUAGAGAAUUGGGGGUGAAACAGAGAGACACGAACACACUGUCCUUUGCGUGAACUGAGUCACCAGAGGUACUGUUUUCCUUCCCUUGGUACUUGUUAACAAGUAGGCAUUAGUGCACCGUGGACAUUGGACAUCCUUCUAGCCCCGUGUCUGAUAGAACUCACUGGCCUAGGUUGGGCCCAGUGACGGGUGACUGAGCCCCGCUCGGUUAACUUACACAGACAAGUGUUGAUUCCUGUCAUGGGGUGCUGUUAAGUCCUGGCACCCAGCAAUUCCGAAUGGUAGACAAUUCCAAUGUCAUUGUUUUCAGACCCCCUGACUUGAAGGGUUUUCUUUAGUGUGUCUUUUUUGUUUUUUAAAGACUUUAUUUAUUUAUUCAUGAAAGACACAGAGAGAGAGGCAGAGACACAGGCAGAGGGAGAAGCAGGCUCCCUGUGGAGAGCGUGAUGUGGGACUCGAUCCUGGGACCCUGGGGAUCACAACCUGAACCAAAGGCAGAUGCUCAGCCAUUGAGCCACCCAGGUGUCCCUUCUUCAGUGUGUCUUAGUGGGUGCACGCCACAGUAAAGUUUAAGUCACUGUUAAACUCUAGGUAAAAAGUCAAAAGUGUGGCAUCCCCUCCUCAGCACAACUGUAGUUGUCAGGGGUUUUAGUUAAACCGGGUUCCCCCGUGAUGGUAUUAGGGAGCACUCUCCUCAUCAGCUGGCCUCCGAAGUGAGGCGAGGCACUGUUAAACCCCAGGAAAGGGGCAACUGCUUUUUGGCUUUGGUUCCUCCCUGUGGAAAGAGAAGCCACCGGUGUGGAAGCCACAGCCAUUGCCCAGGGGAGAAGAUUCAGGCGCCUACAGCGCCUCUUAGCGCAGUGAAGACUCCUUCCCUCCGCCCCCCUCCGCCAUUGUGCUCUAGACCAGUCUCUCCCCUUCCUUGCCCUGGUCCCUAGAGCUAGGCCCCCCCGCCAGCCGCAGCCCCCCACCUUGCAGCCCCAGGAGCCUGCGCUGCUCCUCCCACUUGUCCGCCCCACAGGAGUGCCUUACAGUACCGUGUCGUGCUUCUAGCAGCCUCCACUGACCCACUUGAAGGCCACACGGCUUCCUCCUGCCAGCCACCGUUACCCGGGUGCGCUGGAACCUGCACAUUCCUCCAGCAUGGCAGACCCUUCCCCUUUGCUUAACCUGGUGCCUUAAGCUCAGGAGGGAAGGAUUCCUUCCGGGAACACAUUGUGAGAGCAGAAUGCUACAAACAUGGGCUUCUAGCUCUGUGGACACUCAUACCAGGAAAUACAAAAGACAUAGCACGUAAUGUUUUACUUUGUUUUAUGCUGGGGCUGUUUCUCUUUUCUUUUUUAAGUCACUCUUUUUUUAUUUAUUUGCUUGCUUGCUUUCAUUAACCAAACUCAGGAGAAUGUCAUGCGGUCACCAAGGCAUGAGUGGAGGCAUUAAACCAGUCAGCCAGAUUUGAAUCUGUAAAGUCACUGAACUCAGCCUUUUUCAGGUUAAAAAAUGACACAAACACAGAAUUUUCUUUUCUUUUACUGUAUAAAGGUUUCCUGCUUUACUUUACCACCUGUUUUCCAAGUAGGAAGUGGGAAGCCUCUUGGAUACAUUGUGAUAAAAAUGUUUCUGGGUGGUGUGGGCGGUCCACCGAGCUAUUAAUAUUUGGCUUUUGCUGCUGGAGGUCUAGGUUCUGAUUUCAGUCACCUACCACAAUCUUAUUUUAAAUAGCCAGAAGCCUACCAUACAAGAUUUGGGGGGGGGGGGGGCCGGAAAAGGAGGGAAAAUGUUUAGUCUGCAAAUGAAGAGCAUUAAAUGUGGUGCAGAAGAGUUCUACACCACUCAUUCUUCUGCUCCUGGGUUAGAUCCGUGUUGUUUUCCCUUAUUUCUGCUAGUGCAGUACAAGGUUUGGGCUAUUAUAUCACUAUGUGCUGAGCUAUUUGAAAUACCUAAUGCACUAACAUACAUACACACACAUACACACAUAUGUGUUGUUUGUUUUCUGGAUUUUUUGCCUUUUGUUUUAGCAUAACUUAUCCAUACUUUUGUCUAUAUCAUUUUUAAAUAUCAGUAACUGUUAAAAUAUAAGAUGAAGUUGUGUUGUUGACAAGAACCCUAGUUUUUAUGGUCAUCUGUCAUAUAAUUUAAGCUUACCAGUUCCUAAUGUAUAAAAUUAUCUCUCUCUCAAUAAACAAUGCAGAAAAUA